AAUUCCCAUUUCUUCUUCUCUCCCACGUCCUCAUGACCGUUCUUCCCUCCAAUCCCUCCACAAACCCUAACCCUAAUUUGCUUCCAUGUCCAACAAAUUUCCCGCGUCCUUCCCACAAAAUCCUCCUUCAGAGUCCUCCGUUCAUCCCAGAACCCGAACCUCCCCGCGGGUCCUCCGGAGAGUGCCCGACUGGGCCGACGCAAUCAAAGAGACCCGGAUGCAGCAGAAGCGGCGCCUCUACAAGCAUGGCGACUGGGUGCUGCAUCGGAGCUCCCUGAGGCAUCUCUCCACCGUCCUGAGCUCGAGGGUGAUUCUCUCGCUGGUUCCCCCCGUGACGUGGCCGCCGCGGUCGCGGCCUACAACUCCGCGGUAGAUCUGAAUUGGCUGCCGCCUGAGUUUUUCCCGGUGCUGAGGGCCUCUUCUCUGCCAUACCAGUUGACGGCCCCCGCACUGGCGCUUCUUCUCAGGCUAGAGGAGGGCCGGAAAGCGUGGAGUAAUGUGAUUGCAGGGGCAAACAACAUGGCAACGCAAGUGAUUGCUGUUGUUGAUUGUAAGAGUGAUGCAUUCCUCAGGAAAUCACUCUUACAGUAUAUAAUGGCUUUUCCAGUUGCUCUUAAGGAAUCAAAGAUCUCGUGUUUCCACGAAAGCCUUGGUGCGUGCAAGCAGCUUGUCGGCAUUCCCAUCCCACUGUCGUACACACGGCUAACAUCAAGGUUUUUGGUCCUUUGGCAUCUCACGCUCCCCGUUAUACUAUGGGAUGAGUGCCACUGGAUGGUGAUCCCCGCUACUUUCAUCAGUGCCGCUUCUCUAUUUUGCAUUGAAGAGGUUGGUGUUCUCAUAGAAGAGCCAUUUCCAAUGCUUGCACUGGGUGAGCUGUGCAAUGCACUUCAUGAGAGCAUCCGCGAAGCCAUGGCCAACGAGAAAGCAAUUCAAGCAAACAUCAGUGCCAAACGAAAGGCAUGUUUUACUAAACAGACAUCCACCGGAAAUGGGUGCUCAAACUCUCUUAACUAAACUACACUGUGAAUAAAGAAGAAAAGAAUGUAGGUUAG